AUGCGAGCGUUAGAGCCAAUGAGAUCGAGGGAUUCGGCUCGUCGUGCUCACCGUCGACGAAGCGGUCCACGUGGACUACGCACACAUAGACGCGCGUAUAAUGCCUCGAGUGGAAAUAGCUAUGACGGCGAAAUGUGCGACAGCGAAAAAAUAAAAUGCGGUCGGUCGGUGCGGCGGCGGAGCGAGCGAGCGAGUGGGUGUAAACAGGGGAUAUUUCGGUGCGGCUCGUUCAUUAUUAUUGAAUGCGCGGCGCUAAUGGCGAGACUGUGCCCGCGCCCGCCGCUUCGCUGCAGCACGGCUUCCUGCUCCGACGUGUCCCACUAA